CAUCGUCCAGGCUCUCGCAGCAGCAGCAGCAGCAUCACAAAGGUUCAGCCCCUCCCUGCUGUAUCCUGGAGACACAGAAGGGAGGGAGGGAAAGACAGAUAGGCAGAGAGAGGAUCAGGGUCAGAUGAAUUCCAGUCUGAGUGACGGAGACAGUGUGUGUGAAUGAGGAGGGCGUCGUGUGCAUGUGUGUGAGAGAAGGUGUGUGUGUUUGAGAGAGAGAGAGAGAGAGAGAGAGACAGGAGGAAAUUCAGACUCUAAGUGGAAGGGGACAUAAAGAGAGGAAGGAAAGAACAGACACGGGGACCAGGACUGAGAGGGAAGAUGGCUGAGCCGGAGCUGAAAUCACGCAGCAGUCGCGAGAGUGUUGCCAAGGAGGCGAGUCAGGAGAAGAUAGGGGCAGACCCAGAUCAAGAUGAUCAGAUUGCGGAGCAGCCAGCAUCUCCAUCCACUCCCAUCAUCUCUGCGCCCACUGAUGGCUCACCUACCAAGGGGGAUAAGGUGGUGCUCAAACGCAGCAUCACCCUCUUCAAUGGUGUGGGAAUGAUCAUAGGCACCAUCAUCGGCUCAGGCAUUUUUGUCGCUCCAGCAGGUGUGGUGAAAGAGGCUGGCUCAGCCGGGCUCUCCCUGAUCGUCUGGUCUGUAUGCGGCGUGGUCUCAACCAUGGGUGCCUUGUGCUACGCUGAGCUGGGCACAACCAUCACUAAGUCAGGGGGGGACUAUACUUACAUUUUGGAGAUCUACGGCGAGCUGGCGGCUUUCCUGAAGCUGUGGGUGGAGAUGCUCAUCAUUCGGCCAUCGUCGCAGUAUGUGGUGUCACUGGUGUUUGCCACCUAUCUGCUGAAGCCAAUCUACCCAAACUGCACUGUGCCCGACAGUGCCGCCAAGCUCAUCGCAUGCAUGUGUCUCAUGUUACUGACAUUUGUAAACUGUAUCAGUGUGAGAGCUGCCACCAAGGUCCAGGACUUGUUCACGGCCUCCAAGUUGCUAGCCCUAAUCAUCAUCAUCCUGUUUGGCUUCAUACAGAUUUUUACAGGUGAUGUGCCAUAUUUAACACCAGAAAAGGCAUUUGAAGGCAGCAAAUACGGGGUUGACAACAUUGUCCUGGCUUUAUACAGCGGUCUCUUCGCUUUUGGAGGCUGGAACUACCUGAAUUAUGUAACCGAAGAGAUGAUCAAUCCAGAGAGGAACCUGCCCUUGUCCAUCAUCAUAUCAAUGCCCAUCGUGACCGUGGUGUAUGUUCUGACCAACCUGGCCUACUUCACCACCAUCUCUCCUGAAGUUAUGGUUAGAUCGGAGGCUGUCGCCGUGAGUUUUGGUGAAUACCACCUUGGUGUGAUGUCCUGGUUAAUCCCUGUAUUUGUGGGACUGUCCUGCUUUGGAGCCGUAAACGGAUCCCUCUUCACCUCAGCACGCUUGUUCUACGCUGGAGCUCGAGAGGGUCAACUCCCUGCUGCUCUGGGUCUGGUUCACACAGACCUUUUCACUCCAGUGCCGUCCCUCAUCUUCACAUGUUUGCUGUCCAUGAUGUACUCUAUCUCCACGGACAUCUUCUCCGUCAUCAACCUCUUCAGCUUUUUCACCUGGCUGUGUGUCGGCAUGGCCAUCGGUGGUUUGAUCUGGCUGCGUUUUACCAAACCCGACCUCAGAAGGCCCAUUAAGGUGUACCUGUUCAUCCCCGUGACCUUCGUGCUGGGCUGUGUUUUCAUGAUCGUUGUGUCCUUCUGGGCAGCUCCGUUCGAGUGCCUGAUAGGCAGCAGCAUUAUUCUCACAGGUAUCCCAGCGUACCUCCUGGGCUACAAGUGGAAGAAACCCCAUGUGAUCAAAAAGAUGCUGGAAAUCUUCACCAUGUUCUGUCAGAAGAUCUUCAUGUCUGUUCCUGAGGAGAGGGAGGCGAAGCACGAGGCAGCCGACUAACACUGGACACGUGGGACAAGACAAAGGACAUCCUUGACAUGUUUAUGUGUAACCACCUGUAAUUUGGCUGCAGGAUUUUUAUAAAAAAACCUUUAUUUAAACCA